AUGCGGUGGAGUUGGCUAUUCACCUUAAUAGUGUCCCUGUUCCUACUGGGGAUAUUGGCCGCACCAGCUUCAGGCUUAGGACGACGCGAUGUGGAAGUCCUCGAGGCUAGACAGCAAAAGGAAACGGAUUCUCCGACAACAGAGAAUACUGCCAGCGAGGCUACAACGGCAACUCAAACUGAUGCAUCAAAAACAGUAACCGAUGCAUCAACCGCUACCGAAGCUACAACGACAGGCGAUACUACCUCGACUACUAGCUCAGCCGCUACAACGCAUGCCACAACCAAUGCUACGACGACUACCUCUGCCGCUUUCGCUACCUCGACUGUGCCCUCACUUGAUGGAACAACUGCAUCUUCUCAGCAACAAGCGGCAGACUCCACUAGACCAACCUACACCGGUGGCUUGCCAAUCAAACCGACAAUCACGCCGGCAUGGGGUGUUGGGGGAUUUAUACUAAUUGCUCUCGGGGCUGUCCUGACUUUCAUUGGUGUCCGCCAACAAUGGGUCCAAAUCCUUCUCUCAACCGGAUUCCUUAGCGCAUUGGGAAUUACCGUCCUCAUUAUCUAUGUAAUGAGCCCACCGGUAAGCAACGCUGUGCAGGGUGGCUAUCUCGUCGCCGUCUUCUUCACCGGCGCUAUCUUCGGUGGUCUAUCGCUCGUUUUUAGAGAGAUAUGCGAGGGAUUGGGCUGUCUUCUGGGCGGUUUCUGUCUGAGCAUGUGGUUCCUUGCCUUGAAAUCCGGCGGCCUCCUAACCGACAGUGGUCCCAAGGCCGGUAUGAUCAUUGCCUUUGCCGUGGGAUUCUACUCCCUAUCAUUCAGCCACUAUACACGGUCAUACGGGCUGAUCGGAUGCACGUCGUUUGCCGGUGCAACCGCCUUGGUCCUUGGAAUCGAUUGCUACAGCAGAGCUGGGCUGAAAGAGUUCUGGUUAUAUAUCUGGGGGUUGAACGAAAACGUCUUCCCUCUCCGAACGGACACCUACCCUGUGACACGUGGUAUUCGCGUUGAGCUCGCCGCGACUAUUAUCAUUGCUGUUCUGGGAGUAAUCUCCCAGGUCAGACUUUGGAAUCUCAUCAAGGAGCGCAGAGCUAAGGAAGAAGCUUCCCGUUUGGAACACACUCGAAAGAUCGAAGAAGAAGAUGCUGAAGUUGGUCGCCGCCUCGAGGAAAAAAAUAUCCAAGAGCGCGCUGAAUGGGAACUCAUUUACGGAAACGGAAAGGCCGCGGAUAGCAAAGCUGUUUCGGUUUCGGAGACUGCUGUCGGUGACUCCCGACGGGGAUCAGAUGGGUUCGAGGAGUCCUCUGACAACGACAAGGAGGGUGAGAUCGAGCUCAAGGAAAUGCCGAGCCCGGACGCUUCUGGUAGUGCAUCUGACGGCGAGAAGACCCGUCAGGGUGGAAACGAUACUCGCGAACUUGAGGCUGUGCCAGAGGAGGAUUCAUCCCAACAGGGCGAGCCAGCAAAUCAGGAAAAGAGCGCCGAGAAGGAGGUUCAACCUGAAGGAAAGACGUCGAGACCUACUACACCUGUUAUUACUCAUGUUCUUGGCGAGGUCAAUGAUGACGCCUCCGAGAACGGUGCUGACAUUGGCUCGGAGGUGGGCACGCCGCGCUCGAAACGGUUCUCUGGCAGAGAAAUGUUGAACCGGCUCUCCUGGCGAAACAGCAACGGUGUGAUGAAUGCUUCACAGUCUCAGGAGAAUCUGGUGGCUCAUGAUGAUGCCAGUUCUUCUGUACUGGGAGUUGUGGAUGAUAUCCAUGAAAUGAGUGUCGGUUGCCCGAGUGUUACGGAUGUUCACGAUCAGGUUGAGACGGCGCCGCGAGAAAUCAACGCUGAGCUAGCUCCAGAGAAGGACUCCACAGAUGUGGAGAUCAACUCAAAUGUGGGUUCACAAGCUGUCCAAGAUGCUGGACUCCGUGUCGAUACAGACACGGCCCACAAAGAAGCCGAGAAAGUGAUCACCGGAGAAGCCACUGUCAGCAAGACUGCUCAGCAGGUGUCUCCCGUCGAGAGAACUGUUGUUGCCGACAGUCCUUUGGGCAACUCUGGCACCUCCGAGGUGUCGGAGAAGCCCCAAUCGCCGGAAACUCCCGCAACAGAUGUUGAAGCAGACAUUCCAGAUGCUUCAAGGAAAACCCAGGAAGUCCAGCCCCAAACUACAUUGGAGGCAUCACCGAUGAACGAGAUAGAAGGUGAGAAGGCAGAGAAGACCAACGAAGAUCGGCCUUCUACUGCUAACACCAUCAAUGCCGAGUCCAUUCCUGAGCCGAAGGUUGUUUCUUUGCCCGAGCCCAAGGUUGAGCCGAAGACCAAAGUGCUCAAGAAACUGGAUGCAUCAAACGUCAAAUGCAUCCCCGAGCAAACAUCACGAGUGAUUCAUUCGUACCGCACGAAUGAAUGGGCCAAGCAUCUUGCAGAUGCCGACACCCCUGAGAUGGAGCCAAUUGAAUUUGAGCCUGAACCCGAGGCAGAAGACUCAGAGGAAGCUCACGAGCCUGCAGCAUAUGUUGAUGUAGGCGGUCUUCUCCAGACGCCUCUUACCGCACAACCGCCACCAAUUGUGAACCGACCCGAAUUUGAUGAUACGGACAAUCAACAAUCUGCCUACAUCUCAUCGGUACCCUCGCCGGAUAUUCCCCGAUCCAAGACACGGAUCGGCGCACAAGGUCUUACCAAAGCGAAUCCAACUUUGACCCGGAACGACUCGUCAGCUUCAAUCAACAAGCUCCGAUCAGCUUCUGGUCCUUUUCCAACUCAGGAACCGGGAUUGACUUCGAUGCGCAGCACAUCGACUCCCCUGUUGACAAUCACUACUCCCAACCCCAAAGAAACAGAGUCAUCAUCACGCUGGAAUGGACCACUUCCCCUCCUCGCAGUCCGCGAGGAUAUGGUCCGAAAUCGCAUGUCCUCAACAUCCAACCGCUUCGAUCCCUGGGCUACACGCAACCUAUCCCGCCAGUCCUUACCUGAAAUGGCGCCCCUCGUCUCGCCAAUAUCACCACCGCUCUCCAUCCCAGAGGAAAGAGAGGUAGAACACGAACAAGCACAGCCCAACGAGGACGAUAUCCCACUUUCCAAGCGGCGCGCCCUACUACAGCGCCAGACAGUGCAGUCCCCAUCUGCAGUAAGCCCUGACAACCUCGAGGCUACCCAAUUCCCUAUGUAUACCCUACCAGCUCCCGCCGGUGAGCUGAACCGGUCUGCUUCAAGAAUGGCAGCGUGGCGACAAUCGGUCCGCGAAGAAAUCACCCAAAAGCAAGAUCCUUUGGCCAUUCAGUCCCGGCCCCUCAGCCCAACCAGCCCCGCUGAUCGGCGCACUACAUGGAACUCUGUGCAGAAGAUGCGCGAGGCGUCGUCUGCUCAGCUGGGCGAUGCCAUUGCAGACGGCAUGCAGCGUGGCAACAUGACGGAUCUACAUCGCCAGGCAAUGCGGCUUAAUCGCGCCCCCGUGGAGUCAACUCCGUCGUUCGUUCGCGCCCAGCGGCGACAGUGCGUCCCGAUCUCAGGCCCGCCGUCGCUCCUCCGCCCGCCAGCAGUCCGACUCGCAAACCCAGUCAACCACGUCCCACGGAUAACCCCAAUAACCGUCCGCGCCCACCAAUCAGACGAAAGUCUCCCCCUCGGCUUCGGCCACUCACGCGACGCCCACCCCCUCCUCAGCGUCCCAGAGCGACGCCGCAGCCGCCUAACCCCGUCCCCGAGUAGCUUACUCGUCGAGCGCAGCCAGGGGGAAACAGAAAGUGGCCGCACUAGCAUUGCCCUGCCUAGACGACACCGUCGCAGCGAAGAAUUUACAGAAAUGACCGCCGCGUUUGCGGGCAGCGCAGCGCGCGAAACUGAAAACCUGCGCCCUCCCGAAGCUGUUCACCUCACUCAGAACGGAACUCGUCAGAAUGACCGUCCCCGCCACGCUCAGUCGCAAACUUCCCUCCGCUCCCAGGCCCAGAUCGCUUCUAUUCCUUCGCAUACGGGUCAGCCGCACGCUGAUGUCGCCGAGGAGCUCGCUUGGGGCCCGGCUCACCCUUGUUUCCCGCAUGUUAAUCCCCAUGUGCCUAUCGGGUCGAGGGAGCAUAUGGCGACGCGUGUGAUUCGGAUUCGGCGCGAUUGGAUGAUUAAGGGUGAUUUAGCGCCGACGUUUUCGAAUCUGUAUCCUGAGAUUCUUGAUCCGUUGUUGUCGGAGCAGGAGUUUCGCAGGGUGAUUUCUACCGUCAAUGAUGGGAUUGUCAAGGCGUUUGAUCCGUAUAGUUUUCGAAAUUGGUUCGACGGUGCGAUUGGUUUGUUGACUGGUUGGGUAUGGGAUGAUCUCAAUGCCCCCGCGACGAAAAGCCAGCUGCAGCAUGUCGAGGCUUGGUUGGAGACUUGGAACCGUGAGGUCGGCGCCAAGGAUGGUGUUCAUAUCUGGAGCUUGAGACGGACGGCGUAUAUGUCGCUUGAUAUCCAGAUUCCCGAUCCCAAGGUUGGCAUUGUACCCAGUGAGGCACCUUCGGCUUCUAAUACUAGGCCGAGUACUGGUAUUGGGGCUGGGUCUUGA